CGGGCGCUCUCCCGGUCUCCCCUGUUCCAAUGCAGUCUCUCUCUCUAUCAAAUUUUACCCGCUGCAAUGCGAUUAGUAGUGCGGCGGAGCAAUUUGAAUUGGGCUAACAGAGCAUUAUCGCCGGGUAAAACCCUUUCUUUCCUUCCCAAAUUCCCCUUCAAUUUCUCUGCUUUCUUCCACAAUGGUGUAGCUGUUAUGCCAAAUAUUCACGAUUCGUACCUGCAUCAUAGUAAAUCAAGGUUUAAGAGCAUCAAGAAGCUUGAUGAUGCAAUUCUAUUGUACCGUCACAUGGUCCGGGUUCAUCCCCGUCCUCCAAUCAUCCAAUUCAACCAUCUCUUGAAUGCCGUUGUGAAGAUGGGCAGCUAUACUGAUGCUGUAUCUCUGUUUCAAGAUAUUUGUGCUUCUGGUGUUUUUCGGAUAAAUCAGUACACUCUGGGCAUUGUUGCCAACUCUCUCAUCCAUUUGCACCAAGUAGAUUUGGGUUUUGCUGUCUUGGGCACCCACUUGAAGCUCGGCCUUGUGCCCAAUGUCAUUUUGUUCACCACCUUACUCAAAGGGUUGUUCCUUCAAGGUCGGGAUCGAGAUGGUAUUUGGUUGUUCCGGAAGUUGUUGAAUGAGAAGUUGUGCGAGCUCACUGAAGUCACGUUGAUUGUACUAGUUGAUGGCCUCUGCAAGGCAGGACGCACUGGCGAGGCUAUUAAGUUUCUUGAUUUGUUUGACGAGAAAGGAAAUUGCAAGCUAAAUGUAUAUGCAUAUAGCACCGUCAUCGACUCUUUGUGCAAGGGUGAGAUGGUGGACGAUGCCCUUGUCCUGUUGGCCAAGAUGAUGGGAAAGGGCAUUCCUCCCAAUGUUGUGACCUAUAGUUCCCUAAUACACGGACUAUGUACAUUUAGUCGGUGGGAAGAGGUCAAGGAGUUAUUGAAAAGAAUGAUGGAUUAUGGAAUUCCUCUCAAUGCCCAUACAUACAGCAUAUUAGUGGAUGGGUUGUGCAAGGAAGGAUGGGUCAGCCAUGUUGAAAAAAUCAUAGAUACAAUGAUUCAAAAAGGUGUAGAUCCCGAUGUAGUCACGUACAAUGCUUUGAUGGAUGGGUACUGCAUACAGGGGAAGAUGGACAGUGCUUUGGAACUCUUAAAGAACAUGAUACACAGGGGAUGCAACCCUGAUAUUAGGACUUACAAUACAUUAAUAAAUGGGUAUUGCAAGAGUGGGUGUUUAGAUAAGGCCAUGGAAUUACUUGAAACAAUCCCUAGCAUCGGCCUAAAGCCAACGGUCGUUACCUACAGCUGUAUCUUGGAGGGCUUAUUUCAAGCUGGGAGAUGUGAUGAUGUGGAGAACUUUUUUAACAAGAUGGUAGAAGAUCGAGAACAUCCGAAUCUUGUCACCUACAAUAUAAUUUUGGAUGGCUUCUGCAAGAACAAUCGUGUUCCUCAAGCGCUUUCUUUACUGAGGAUGAUGGAAGCUAAAGGUCCUAUCCCCGAUAUCGUUAGCUAUAGUACCCUCAUAAAUGGACUAUUCAAUGAUGGAAAAUCAUGCAGUGCAAUAGAAUUGUUCAAUUCUCUUUGCUCUAAAGGUCUACGGCCAGAUAUGAAAAGUUACAAAACUAUGAUAAGGGGACUUUGCCUAGAAGGCUUGCUAGAAGAUGCAAAAAAUAUGCUCAAGGAGAUGGAGAAAAAUGGCAUUUUUCCAGAUAGUUGGGUAUACAAUGAACUGAUCUAUGGGUUAAUGAAAAAGAAUAAGCAAUGUGAUGCUAUAUUACUCGUGGAGGAGAUGUCAAGAAGACUUGGAUUCUCGCCUGACAAUAGAACUUGUGAGAUUUUACUCAAGUCAAUCGUAAAACAAGGACCCGAUUCCACUCUGCUUCAUAUGCUUCUGAAUAUCAAAGAGAAUGAUGAAAAAUCCAUAUCUUGAAUCUUUUUCUGGACCAAAUUCAUCCUAUGUUUCAAAUGGUAGAUUCUAAUUUACCCCACAAAUGUUUGCUAAAAGUGUGUGUUUAUUCAUAUUGGUACAAUGCUUUAGUUAAAGAAUGGCCUGUUUUGGAAUUUCCCUAUAAUUGUUACUCCCUCCGUCCGGAAAUAAUCUUCUCAUUUCUCCGUCCGGGGAUAAUCUUCCCAUUUCAAUUUUUCAUACACAAACUACCCAAAAUACCCCCACUCAUUUAUCACCCUCUCUCUCCUCCCUCAUUUCUUGGCCUUGUCUCUGCUCUUCUAUUUCUCACUUUCCCUUCUUCUUCUCUCCCCCCCCCCAUAUUCUUUCACGCCUCUUUUUUCUCUCUCAAGACCUGCUCCUCCUCCUCUGUCUCCUUCCUUCCCUCAUAUUCUUUCUCCAGAUCCGCUCAUUUGUCUUCCAGAUUUGCCAGGUUUGGACAGAUCUGUUCUUGAUAUGGCAAUGGCGGCAGCGGUUGGGUAGGACUAGCGAUGGCGGUGACUGAUGCAAUGGUAUGAGUUGCGGUGAUGGUGCUCGGGGUGGGCAAAGAUGGUUGAAUGAAUAGAUUUAAAAUACACUCAUGAGAGGAAAAGAAAAAAAGAGAAGAAAAACAAUUUAAAUUUUAAAGAAUUGAGAUCAAUAAAAAGUAGAUGAACCCAUAAUUUAAAAAGAAACAAAAAAAUCCACAAGGGUGCAUGGAGAAGACCAGAGUGUCGCUGAGGGCAAAAAAGGAAUGAUCCGCAAAUGCCAAACUGAAAUGCUGGGUGGUCUGGCAUUUUCAUUUUUAGCUGUUUAGAUUAAGAAGCCAAUUUCAAAAGCCAUCCACCAAACAAUUUUUUUUGUUCUUUGGCAGGUCCAAGUCAUUAAUGAUAGUCAAACAGCCAAUUCUUGGCGGAUCUGCCAAGUGCCAAACAUGGCCAUUGUGGAAGCAAAUGGCAGAAGGCUGGUGAGGGCAGUGGUAAUAGUGGCUAAAGAAAAGGGUAAUUUGGAC